UUAGACUUCAUUUCCUAGUCAAAGUAUCCUGCAGCCCGUUUUCGGUCCACAACAGAGUAUACGCAGGGGACACACAAUCUGAGCAAUGACCUUAAACCUGCUGUGAAGUGAAACCGCCGGCUUACAACACAGAUAACGAGUUAUUUUAUAAUUUCCAUAAAAACCUAUACGUUUCUAAAGCAAAAGAUCGGCCAUGGUAAAUCGAAAGAUGUUCGUAUUUAUUGUUGCUUGCCUCCUCGUGGCGCUUCUCAUAAUUAUCCAGUCGGAUGUUGUUGGUAAACCGGGCUUCAUGGUGUCAAAAAUGAGCAGAACCACUCCGACAUCUCCUCUAUACAACGUAGUAUUGGUGAUUAUCUAUCACUACCCGUAUUACGAGACUCUUCCUAUCAUACGUUCCUUCUACGAGAAGGCCUUUCGCAAGAUAAUCGUGUGUGGUGCUGAAGCCAACGAGACGCUUGGGAUAAUGGGCGUGGCGCACGAGAAUGGGUACUGGGGGUAUGAGUGCCUGGGAAAAGCGGCCAGAGACUACCCAGGAUACGAAGGUUACUUGCAAAUACAUGACGACAUUCUGUUCCAAUGGUGGAAUGUAUUCAGUGAAGAUCGAACCAAAAUCUGGCUAUUUGGUGAUCAUAUCGAGUUUAAUAGUGGUGGCGUCUUAGGGGGUGAGCCCCCUACGGACUGGCCAUGGUGGAAGAAAACGAACAUCUUGGAAAGAACAGGGGAGGUCCUCAGAGACCUUCGUAACAAUACUGAACAACCAUGGAUAAACGAAAGUUUUAGGAUUUUUUAUGCCAAUUCUGGAGGAAAUGAUACAAUACCUACUUCUCGUGGAGAUAUUUGGUACAUCCCUGGCCGCCUGGCAGAAAGACUUGGUUAUUUAUCAUCCCUUUUCUUUAAACAUAGGGUUUUCCUGGAAACUGCUGUUCCAACUAUGAUGAGUUUUCUAGACUACACCAGAAAUGUUCAGAAUCCCGGUGGUUUGUACUUGAGCACCAAGUACGGUUAUGGAGAUUCACGCGAUAGUCCGUCUACGUUUUGGUCAGAGUAUAGAAAAAAUCUCACAUUUCUACACCCGUUUAAGCUACGCGGCCAUGAUGCCAAUUUGAGAAUACUCGAAGAAUUAGUGAUGCCUUUCGUAAAUAACUUUGUAUAUAAGAAAAUUUUGUAUGUGUAGCUAAAAAUCGAGAGCUUUUUCGUUUGUAUAUUUUUCUUUUUCUUUGAAACUUAUCUGGAUUUCUUUAUUAUCGUAUCACACAUUCAGUGACAAAAAGGUAUAUCAAUUUCAUACACCUUUUUAAGGUUGCACUCGAGAAUCAUGUGUCAACCCGCGGUGGUUACCAUAUAAGUGGCUUAACCGUGUUCUCCGAAAACCACGCAGCUUUACAAACAUUACGCUUAUUUAAUUAAUGCUCGCAAAGCAUUGCGGGUGAUGGCACAUGUAUGUAUUCGCCGACUAAGGGGGCGCGCGCUUAAUUGUUUGCGAUUCGUUUACGAAGCUUGUACCACGCACUCCAGCGAUCUUUAUAGUUUCUGCGAAACCAGACAAGCCAAAUACUACACACAGCAGCUGUUUAGUUGUAUAAAAUAUUAAACCAGCAUCUUGUCAGAGAUUCGCAAUAUAUUUAGAGCGUUGAUUUCCUAAAACAAACUUUCACUUAAAACAGGUAAUAACAAUUUCAAAACAAAUUCUGUUGGUACAUUCACAGGUUAUGGAGUUCAUCAAAAGGUUAUAGUCAAUUUAGACAAUUUCUACCGCGCAUUUUCUAACAAUUGAGCCCGCGCCACCUUACAAAAGGCCAUCAUUGGCUCACAAAGACUCCUUCCCUUGCUAGGCCCUUGUUGUGUUCGCCUGCCCGCCAAGCACAGUCACAAACACCUGCUCCUCUACAUCAUACAGAAUAAAAUGACAUACUUGUAUUUACUAGCCUCGCAGGUGACCAGUAAGGGCAAAUACUAUUGCCAUAGCUAGUCAAAUAUAAGAAAAGAUAGAAAAAUUCAUAUGGGUUUUGAUGUCCAGGAUUAAAAUGAACAUGUUUA